AUGGUGGUGAAGGUGAACGAGCACAACUAUGAAGUGAAAACACCAAUGGGGAUGUCAUUCCAUGUGGAUCUCCAAAUGAGGACAUGCACCUGUGAGGAGUGGACCUUGAUGAAGAUUCCUUGCUCCCACGCGGUAGGAGCUCCCAUCCGUGUGGACCUUCCUGUUCACACCCGUUGCGACCCAGCUUCUAGCACGUUUUACUGGAAACUCGCUUACCAUGACAGCAUCAUUCCGGUUCCGGACCUGAGCAACUUGUACAGCGUGCCAGACGAUAUUGCGACCAUGCAGAUCCCGCCUCCUAAAACGCAGAGGCCACCAGGUAGGCCUAAGAGAUCUAGAUACCUAUCUUCUGGAGAGGUUAAGGAACUCAGAGACCGGAGAAGAAGCAGAGGCGGUAAUGUACGCGCUACCAUGGCACCAGGCAUAACCGGGCAUCAUAUGGCGAAAACAUGA